GGAACGUAUGUCGAGUGCAGUGAAACGUGUUUUGGGUCCCCUAAACGCUCGACUGUUUCGAUCGACCAUAAUCGAUCAAGUAACAAAACGGUGUUUACCUUCGAACGAGCCAAAACCAACACAUCCCGUGAGUGAAACAAUAUCGAAAAACAAUAGAAACAAACUAAACGUGGCACGGUGAGUGUUCCUAUUUCUGUGCGCGGUUGUGCGAAGGAGAAACGAGUUCUUUCGAUCGAGAAAAUAGUAAGGGUGUCCGAAUCAAAAUGGGAAAGGAAAUGUUCUCAGUGACGAGUGGAAAACAGCAAGUGUACAUGCUGUUCUUCGUCCAGAUCGUCCUAAUUGUGAUAAUGGGAGCGUUGGUGACGUACGGCCCGGAGGCGAAUGCUAACUUGCUAAAAAAUCACGCAGGUAACCACGAGGACUGGUCGGACGUCAAGAAACCAGGGGACGACGACUCGUUGAAAAUUUAUCCGAUGUAUCAAGAUGUCCACGUGAUGAUCUGGAUGGGAUUCGGUUUCCUGAUGACGUUCCUGAGGCGGUACGGACAGAGCGCCAUAGGACUAACGUUCCUGGUCGGAGCGCUCCUCGUUCAGGUUGCCAUGAUUUGCGAGGGGGUGACGAACCUAACGGACAACAAGGCUUACUUAUCUCUGGAAAGCCUUCUGAGCGCCGACAUUGCAGUGGCCACCCCGUUAAUAUCAAUGGGCGCGCUACUCGGUAAGACGACCUACAUACAACUCCUAUUCAUGGGAAUCCUCGAGCUGAUCGUCUUCACUGUGAAUAAAUACGUAGGGGAACAUAUACUCAUGGCCGUCGACGCGGGUGACAGCAUGUUCGUUCACGCGUUUGGGGCAUACUUUGGACUGGCCGUUAGCUUCGUCCUCGGGAUGAAGGAUAAACCGAAGGAACAUCGCCUCGAGGGGCCCUCCUACAACUCGGACAUAUUCGCCAUGAUCGGCACGGUGUUUCUAUGGCUGUUCUGGCCAUCUUUUAACAGCGCCGCCCUCGAAGGGGACGAUCAACAGAGAGCCAUCAUAAACACUCUGCUGUCGAUUUCUGCCAGCUGCGUGAUCGGUUUCGCGACCUCGGCGUUGGUCUCCAAGGACGGCAAAUUCAACAUGGUGCACGUGCAGAAUUCGACGCUGGCCGGUGGUGUAGCCAUCGGCACUGCUGCAGCCAUGAUGUGCGAGCCAGUGGGUGCCUCGAUCGUCGGUGCUAUCGCCGGUUUCAUCAGCGUGCUUGGAUACAAAUAUCUCACGCCCCUGAUACAAAAAUGCCUCCGCAUCCACGACACGUGCGGUGUACACAACCUCCACGGAAUACCUGGUGUGUUGGGUGGGAUUUUCGGCGCGCUCAUGGCUGGACUAGCUACGGAAUCCUCUUACGAUUGCCUUUACAAAAUUUUCCCUGCUCGAGCGCCAAGCUCUGAAGUGAAGCUGGCCAAGAUGAGGGUCAAUGAUUGCACGUUGCCUGGGCUGGACAGAACAGCAGGACAACAGGCGUCCUAUCAAUUAUUAGCACUCGUGAUCACUCUGGGAAUUGCCAUUGUUUCGGGAUUAAUAACAGGUUUAAUAAUGCGCGCAUCGAUUUGCGGCUCGAUUCUCGAGAAACACAAGUUCGACGACGAAGCCCAUUGGGAAUUAGAAGAAGAAGAAUCUUCGCAGGAAAUUGAAAUUAAAAGAGGAAACAACUCUAGUGAUCAGCUGCCGAUGGGUCCAGUUUGA